CAUUUAUAAAUACUUUGGACCGCUGUCAUGAAUGCGGCGGUGGUGAAAAAGACCCAGGACACGCUGGGCAAAGUGAUAAAGAAACCGCCUCUUACGGAAAAACUGCUAAACAAGCCCCCGUUUCGAUACCUACAUGACAUCUUCAGUGAGGUCAUAAGAACUACUGGUUUUAUGAAAGGCUUAUAUGGUGAGAAUGAGAUGAAGUCAGAUAAUGUUAAGGACAAGGAUUCUAAGAUAGCCUUCCUUCAGAAAGCCAUAGAUGUUGUGAUGCUGGUGAGUGGUGAGCCCCUGGCAGCAAAGCCAGCACGGAUUGUGGCUGGCCAUGAGCCUGAGAAAACCAAUGAACUGCUGCAGACUAUUGCCAAGUGCUGCCUUAACAAGAUGGCCAGUGAUGAUGCGGUGAAACGAGUGCUUUCAGGAGACAAAGGGGACAUGAAGACCAAGGCCAGCACCUCUAGGUCCCAGGACAAGGAAAAUAGAGAAGGACGUGAACGUCACAUGGAUAGAGAGGAAAAAAGAAAGAUUACAGAGCGCAGUGGAAGCAGGGACCAGAAGGACCCAGACCAGCCCAGAGAGCAGGAAAGUCGUCCUAGAGAUGGAGAGAAGGAGCAUCACAGGGAGCGGGAGCGCUCUGAUAAGCACCACCGCAGUGAACAGGACCACGGCAAAGACCGCAACAAAGACAGCAGCCGAGACAAGGAUAGAGACAAAGGACGAGCAAAAGACAGGGAGAGAGAUCGCGAAAGGGAAAAAGACAGAGAGAGAGAUAAAGAUCGAGAUAAAGCGAGAGGGCGGGAUUCCCACGGAGAACGUGACAGAGACAAGGAAAAACGACGGGACAGAGACAAAGAACGUGAAACUGAGAGAGGCCGACACAAAGAAGGAGACGAGAGAAACAGAAGUGUAGAGAAUGGCCAUAUCAAGGUCAAAGGAUCUGAGGAACUGCAACAAAAACCCAGCCCUGAUGAGCCCAGACAAACAAGCAAACCCAUGACAGCUCCUGCAGAAGCAGUUGAUAACAAGUCUGACAGUCCAGCUAGAAUACCUCGGCCUUCGUCUGCCAAAGGACAGAGGAGGAGACCUAAAGUUGGAGAUCAAGACGAGACUGACAGUGAGGGAGAUUUGGAUGCCCAAAGACCUGUUCCUCAGGAAAACAGAGAUGGCCCAAGCUCCUCAGUGCCUUCUGACUUGGCUUCCAGUAACAGACGAAUAGCGCGGCCCAGCAGCGCUCGCCCAGCACCUCCUCGGGUCAAAAAACCAGACAGUCACGGUGAUGUGGCAUCAACUGACAGAUUGUCCAGUGCCAAGCUGUCGGCACCUGUUAUUAUGGAUCGAAAGAAGCUGUCGGAUGAUGAGGCGGAUGAAGAUGAGCAGUUCCUUGUGGAGGAGGCUGUCCCUCUACCCUCAGAUGUUCCUGAAAUUGGGGAACCUGCACAAGAACUAGACAGUGAAGACAAACAUGGUGGCCUUGUGAAAAAGAUCCUUGAGACUAAGAAAGAUUAUGAGUUGUCACCAUCCUCUCACAAAUCUAAAGAACAGAACUUGGUGUCGGAAGCAGCUCGCAAGAAAGAACGGGACUUGGUGACGAGAGAGAUUGAGCGGCUCCGCUCAUCCAUCCAGACGGUUUGUCGCAGCACCCUGCCUCUGGGCAAGAUCAUGGACUACAUCCAAGAAGACAUGGAUGCCAUGCAGGCUGAGCUGAACACCUGGCGGCGGGAGAACAAGGAGCACGCUCAGGCUUUGCUGCAGGAACAGAGAGCCACGGAGCAGGCAGUGGAGCCGCUUAAAGCAGAGCUGUCUGAGCUGGAUCAGCUGAUCAAGGACCAGCAGGACAAGAUUUGUGCAUUAAGAUCCAACAUACUGAAGAAUGAGGAGAAGAUCCAGAAGAUGGUGACAGGAAUCAAUUUCUCUUCUAGGAGCUGAAGUGACAUGCAAGGUAUACAAGGAAUAGCUUUUAAAAAUGCACUGAGACGUUGGCGUUCAACCCAACGGAGAGAGCGUCUUUCCUCUGAGGUUAGAAGUGAUGGGACCAAACACUGCACUUGUUGCUGCACUAGGUGUUUAUGUCAGAACAGGUGCCUGACCCAGAUCAUAUUCUGACAUGGAAGGGGAGGAGACGCCCCGGCUGGCAAACACCGUUCACUAGUUCAGCUGUCUGACACUAUUCUAACAUAAUUGGGUGAUGUUGUCAGCUGCAGACAAAUAAAUAAAUAAAUUGAUCUUCCUGCUCUGCACACCAACGUAACCCUUUUCUGUAAUGGUGCCUUUGGGUCGGUUAACCAAAUAACAUAUUCCAAUAAUUAGUACUAAACUUACUGUACACACUGAACUACAUUUUAAAAGUUGUAUUUUUAUAAUCAACCCUAAAAACAUUUCAGAGCAUGGCAACAGGGCCUAGUUCAUUGAAAUCUAUAUUCCAUACAUAAUAUAGUAGAACCUUGUUUUGUAUUGUCAUUUAAGACUCUCUUAAUGAUCUUUUCUUCUUCCAAGUUUUUUCUUCCAAACUAGGUUCAUCAGACUAGUCUGUGAAAAAAGGAGGCUUGUGUCAAGAAAUGUUUCCCUGAAUUCCCAGCUCUGUCCUGUCUUGUAAAAGCACUGCUGCACUUUGAUAAGUGUGAAAAGAGGAGGAACCUUUGCUUUACUUGUGCUUCACCUCUUUUUCUAUCUCCUUUAACAAGCGCUCUCAUAUUAUAAUAUUCCUGGCUGCAAAAGCACAUAAACGUUUUCCAUAUCGUUAGCACGUGGGGCGUUCGCCGUCCUGGAGGACCCCCAGCUGCUUUAGGUUUGCCAAACUCUUCCUUUUUACCCUGGAGGCAACAUCUGGUCAGAAUGAAACGUACAAAUGUCUGACUUUCAUUGCUUUAAUGAGUGUAUUUUUCACAUGUGGCUAAUGUGAAAUUAUAAAGCAAUAAAAGCUGCUGAUAUUUACAGUAGGACGUGUAAUAGUUGACAUCUCAACUAUCACAUGUCCAAAAAUGUUAAUAUCUCACUAUUGUGCACAAACAGAACCCAACAUAGAUGCAGUUAACUUAUUGAAAUGAUCUUGUUUAGCCAACCUUUGUUAGUUCACCCUCAUAAACCGCUUGCAUUUAUAUCAACUUAUUUGAAAACUGACUUACUAGACCCAUCAAUAAGUUUUGAUUACAGCUGUAUUAAAAAGGCGCUGUUCACCCUUAACGUGAUGCUCACACACACUGUGCUACACCUCCACUUUUCUGCAAAACAUACUCUUUCCAGUCUUCAGAUCAGUGGGUUGGACGUGUGACAAAACAUAUAUGCUAAGAAUUAGUCCUGUGAAAUUGUUAAUGUUUAUGUUUAGUACAGACUUGAAGAAGGACUUGAGACAUGAACAGUUCCAAGAAAUAUAGUUUACAAUAUUUUACUGUAUUUACUAAAGGGAUUUUGCUUCAGUGGGCAAUAUCUUUAUUGAUGCUUUUCAUCUUAUUUCAUCACUAUAAGGAAUCAACAGUCUAAUUUCAUUGACUUAGAUUUUAUUCUAUUUUCAUAUCAGUAUUACUGUACAUGUAAUCCAUUAAUACAAAAGGUUGCCUAGUGGAAAAAGUGUAUGUUUUAUGAAAGGACUAUUAACACUGUACGCUCUGUUUCACAUACUGAGUUUAUCUUUAAAAUGUACAUUAUGUAUAUGUGGAGACUGUACUAUAAUUCGAAAUAUUAUAUAAUUUUGUAGUGGAGUGAAAUAAAUGGUUAUGUUGCAAUAAA